UCUCUUCAUAAGACUAAAGCUAGGAAGAACAUGUUAUCUUCAGCAGUGCCUUUGUCAGCUGAAUAACUGCCAUCAUCCACAAAGGUAUGAUGGUACCUACAUGCUAUUCAACAACAUUUUGAGGACAAUGGGUUAUUUCUUCUGUCAGUUAUAGGUUUUAAACUUUUGCAUGUUUUUGGGAUUUUCUUUUUUCCUAGAGAAACAUGUUUUGCAUGCUAUGGAUCAUCUUUCCGACGAUGGCUCUCCUGGUGGAGGCUGGAAAGCAGUCAGCUAGUGGUGAGGCUGCUGCAGACAAGGGAGGAGGUAUGAACGGAGGCAUGGGCGGCAUGGCUGGCAUGGCUGGCAUGGCUGGUAAUGCUGCCAUGCAGCCAGGGAUUAUGAAUGGGCUUGUCCUAAAUGGGCAACCCUUUCUGGCACAGUUGGUACCAGUUGGAGGAUCAUUACUGCAGCCGGGCAUUGGUCAGGCUGGUGGACCCCAGCUUUUACCCAUCGGUGCUCUUCAGCAGGGAGGGGCAACUGUUGUAGAACAGGCAGGAGCAGCCGGUGGCAUACCACUACAGCAACUUUCUCAACUGCCCAAUGGGGCUGUGCCGUUAUUUGCAGUAGUGCCACAAGCAAAUGGUGUCGGAGGCCCCGGAGCGCCAAUGUUGAUGCAGAUUAUUCCUGUGGGUGGAGGAAACAACCCUCAGCAGCCAGCAGCUGCAGGGCAGGCAGGCAAAGCUCGAGUCAAGCAUUCAGUCCCUUUUCGUGGAAGUCCAACAUCAACGGGAACGGAUCCUCCACUGGUGACUGUUGGAGAGGUGGAAGAAUCAUCUGGGUCUGAUUCACCAGUAAUUUUGAAGUGAAGCUCAGCAUCUGAUAUCUGGACAACAUGCUCCCUACACUACCAUUCUUACUUUCCCAAAAUUCACAUAUCUUUUUGAAAACAGGAAUUUUGGACAGCUGGGAACAUACGGAAAGGUUACCAGCUUCUUUCAACUCAAAUUCGAUUUAUAGUGCUACAGUUUCAGAUGUCUGUGUAUGGUCAAACUACAGAUUACAGAUAUUACCUCAAGAAGCGGAGGGUUAAAAACCCAACGCCGUCUCAACAAUUUAAUCCUUGCUAUAUUUCUCUGUGUGUCGUAUUUCAAAAUCUAUUUUUUAUCUCUUAUCUCUUAAUAAACCUAUACAGUAUGAAAGAAAAACCUAAUUCCUCUUUGGACAAAGACUACAACUGGAAUUCCCAAUUUGCUGGAAAUUAUGUUAUGACAGCUGAUGUAGCUCAUCUUUCUUCAUGUUCUGAGACUGCAAUACAUUUUUUCAUUCAUUCAUUCUCCACUACUGUUCACAUGUCAUUUACCAUUAAAAAAUAAACAAGAACAUAAACAUAGAAAUGUGUUGUAUACUGCAUCAAGCAGGGAGUCAGUCAUAUCGAAUAUUGUGUUUAAAUGUCAGUAAACUCUUUAUACAAUGACACCA